AAAAAACAUUCCAGCCAGGCAAACCUACAAUAUUGAUUCAUCAUGUCCAAGCAAAAUAAAUCCGUGAGCAAAGAUCUCCACAAUGUGGCGAAACGAAAGCGGCAAGAUGAUCACAGCGACGCGGAACCACGACGAAGGAGCAAGCGAGAGAAGACAACUACAGCCAGUCAGCCACAACGACCAAAGCAGAUAGACACCGACGAUAGUGUUGCUGGCAUGGAUGCUUCUAUCUUGGCCGACCAUUUUGCGAACAGCGUUCGAAAUCAUUUCCCGGACAAUUCUUCCAUCGAGCACCAAGACUUGUACCUCCCGACGCGAGCCUUUCGAGAUACGACCGAGUUUGGCCCCAGACAUAUUGCCAGCAACCUGCCUAGCUUUUUGGCGACUUUUACAAAAGGAGGAGAAGAAGAGCUCAGCACCUGCUCGCCAGGACUUGGACCACACACCUGGAUCAUCACAUCGUCGGGAAUACGCACGGCAGAUGUGGCGCGGGAGCUCCGUAGGUUCAACCGGGAGAAAUCGCAGGUAGGCAAAUUGAUUGCCAAACACAUGAAGCUGAAAGACAACAUCGAGUACAUGCAAAAAACGCAAGUGGGGAUUGCCAUCAGCACCCCUUUGAGGUUCAAGGAUUUGCUGGACCACGGGGCGCUCAAGGUCGACAAUGUCAAACGAAUUGUGGUGGAUGGAUCAUAUCAGGAUGAAAAAAUGAGGACGAUUUUUGAUUUGGGGGAAUUGUGGCGGCCGCUGGCCGAGCUCCUGAACAGAGAAGAAAUCAAAGGAAAUGAAUCCUGCACAGGCAUUGAAAAGAGCAUCCUAAAUGCCUAUAGCUUCCUCUGCAACAACUACAACUUCAGCGCAGAUAAAGAUGAAAUCAUUCUAGUGGGAUUCUCGCGAGGCGCUUUCGCUGUUCGGUGUCUUGCGGCAUUUGUCACUGAAAUCGGCCUCAUCCGACGGCGGCACCUUUCCUUGCUCGCGGCUGUUUUUCAGAGCUGGUGGCAGAAUAAAGGAAGAGUGGCUGCCAAGUACAGAGAUGCUCAGAUUUCUCGUGCAGUACGCAUUAAAGUCUUGGCCGAGUGGGACACGGUGAGUGCCCUUCGGAGCUCAAGGUUUGCCUUUGUUCAAGGGAACGUGCCGAGUGCAGUGGACAACGCAUUCCUGGCCAUUGCCCUUGAUGAGACGAGGACAAUGUUCACGCCGAAACUGUGGACCCGUCAGGCCCCAAUAGUUGCAGGGUGGGAGCGGAGUCAAGGCACUCAGCAUGAGCAUCAGCAGUAUGCCCGACAACGAAUUGAGCAGUAUCUCUUCAGUGGAAACCAUUCAGACAUUGGGGGCGGAAAUGCUGAAGCAGGUCUGUCAAACAUAUCCCUUUUAUGGAUGAUAUCGCGAAUCGAGAGCGUGAGCCAGGCGUCCUUUGACAAAGGGACCCUGAUCCAAUCAGUCUUGGCACUUCCGAAUUCCAAGUAUGAAGUCAUAUCGAAAUCCAGAGGUAAUAAUCCCGAGCGAUUGAUCAUGGUACACGGGCCUCUACUGAUCGACAACUUUUGA